AUGAAAGUCUUUAUUGAUGUAUUUACUGGUGAUGAAUUAUGUAGCGAUUCAUACCCAAUGAAAGUAGUUGAUGAUGUUUAUUAUGAAGUUGAAGGCAAAAAUAUUGUCGAAAGCAACGAUAUUGAUGAUGCAUUGAUUGGUGGUAAUAAAGCACCCGAAGGUAGUGAAGCAGUGGACGACGAUGGUGGUAUUGCAUCAUCAGCAAUAACUGGUAUUAAUGUUGUUUUAACUCAUAAAUUAUUUGAAACAUCAUUUGAUAAAGCUGGUUUCAAAGAUUGGUUAAAAACAUAUUCAAAAAAACUUAAAAAUUAUCUUCAAGAAAAUGCACCUAAUCGUGUACAACCUUUUCAAGCAGGCAUGACAAAAUUAGCCAAAGAAAUUCUCGGGAAAUUCGAUGAAUAUCGUUUUUAUCUUGGUGAAAAUAUGAAUACUGAUGGUAUGGUUGUACUUCAAUUUUAUCGUGAAGAUGGUUUGACACCAGUAUUUAUCUUUUUCAAAGAUGGACUUAGAGAAGAAAAAUAUUGA